AUGGCUGCUAAUGGCCACCUUUGUGAUAGAACUGAACAGACUGAUUUAGCUGUACUUCUGGUUCAGCUGCUGAAGAAUGUUGCCCCAAAGUAUUUAACACCUCUGAACUACGAGAGUAUUGCAACAGUCCAAAUGGAAGGUGAUGAGGACUUCCACCAGGGUGAUUAUGAUGUUAGUAGAGACAAAGGUUUUAGUGUGGGAGAUCUUGAAGAGAAGGAACUGACAGAGCUUGACAAGAUAUUGGAUAUGGGUUGCGUUAAAAAUUUUAUCGCUUUCCGGUCGGCGGCAGCCAUCAGGCAGGCUAGGUGUGAGCCAAGAUGGGGGGCCUACAAGUACAUUCAGGAGCUGUGGAGGAAGAAGCAGUCGAAUGUCAUGCGGUUCCUGCUGCGCUUGCGCUGCUGGCAGUACCACCGGCUAUCAGCGCUGCAUCGCGUGCCCCCGCCCACCAGACCCGACAAAGCCCGCAGGCUGGGCUACAAGGCCAAGCAAGGUUAUAUCAUCUACCGUAUCCGGGUUCGCCGUGGUGGCCGAAAGCGUCCAGUUCCCAAGGGUGCAACCCGUGGUAAACCCGUGCAUCAUGGCGUCACUCAGCUGAAGUUUGCCAGGAGCCUUCAGUCUGUAGCAGAAGAACGUGCUGGCCACCACUGUGGGGCCCUGAAAGUCUUGAACUCAUACUGGGUGGGUGAAAAUUCAACCUCCAAAUUCUUUGAGAUUAUUCUUAUUGACCCAUUCCAUAAAGCUAUCAGACGAAAUCCCGACACUCAAUGGAUCACUAAGCCAGUGCACAAACACAGAGAGAUGCGGGGGCUUACCUCAGCUGGCCGAAAGAGUCGGGGUCUUGGAAAGGGUCACAAAUUCCACCAUACUAUUAGAGGUUCUCGUAGUGCUGCUUGGAGAAGGCGCAAUACUCUCCAACUACAUCGAUACCGCUAAUUGGUGCACAUUAAUUUGUA